AUGAGCGGAGCGCAACUUGGGUACCGAUUUACUUUCAUUGACGUGACGGAGGAUGGCAAGACGGACGGUGAUGAUCACCGUGCACGGGCCCGCAGCCUUCCCCCAAUCCGGGCAUCCGUGGCAAACUCGGAGACUCUGGUCGUAGAUGCAUGGGCGCAUCUUCAUCUUCGCACUCUCCGACAAGGGCGGGAUGCAACAGUCUUCGAGCCGCCCGCGCCAAACCGUGGCAGUGUGGGACACCCAACACUGUGCAGUCGCCCAUGCAUCUACGUCGCAAAGCAGGGGCAGUGCCAGAAAGGUGUGGCCUGUGGGUUUUGUCAUCAUGAUCAUCACAGUGGCCCGAAUGACCCCAAACCCGACAAGCAGCAGCGCCGCUUGAUGAGCACGAUGCCUAGGGCAGAGCUGCUGGGCCUUCUCGCAGAGCUACUUCAGGAUCGUGCGGAGCAAGAUGGAUUCCAUGAUGUGGGUUUCGUGGUCGCGGCUCCUUGGUCGAUUAGAUGGCGCUUACCAUGGUUGGAUAUGGUAGGUGGGUUGCUCGAUGGUGCACAACUUGCCUGCGGCGCAACCGAGGCUGUGGCUGUCCAGGCAGGACUCCGUCCAAGCCGCCCGCAGACGAAGUCUCGAAAGCUUGCCAACUUGCGCCAGGUGCCACAAACACUGGGCAGAGUGCGAGUAGUUCUGCUAGGCUUGCUUAAUGUUUCCGGGGACUGGGGAGGCCUUUUCAAAGCUGGCUUCAAGCGCCAGGUGAUCGGGCGCAUGAACUUCUCCGCCAUCCUCUCGAUAGCUCUGCGUCACUGUGAGGGCCACAGCAAGGCUUCGAUCCUGCAGGAGCUGAAGGCUCUGCGAAACAAUGUUCCCGACGACAACUGUCGCCACGCGAUGGUGAAAAGAAAGAGAGGGCGUGCUGCGGGUGGUACUGCUCUUGCCGACUUCUAUUCCAACUCCAUGAAGGCUUCCAAGCCCUUUGCCGGAGCCAUGAGCGGAGCGCAACUUGGGUACCGAUUUACUUUCAUUGACGUGACGGAGGAUAGCAAGACGGACGGUGACGAUCACCGUGCACGGGCCCGGAGCCUUCCCCCAAUCCGGGCAUCCGUGGCAAACUCGGAGACUCUGGUCGUAGAUGCAUGGGCGCAUCUUCAUCUUCGCACUCUCCGACAAGGGCGGGAUGCAACAGUCUUCGAGCCGCCCGCGCCAAACCGUGGCAGUGUGGGACACCCAGCACUGUGCAGCCGCCCAUGCAUCUACGUCGCAAAGCAGCGGCAGUGCCAGAAAGGUGUGGCCUGUGGGUUUUGUCAUCAUGAUCACCACAGUGGCCCGAAUGACCCCAAACCCGACAAGCAGCAGCGCCGCUUGAUGAGCACGAUGCCUAGGGCAGAGCUACUGGGCCUUCUCGCAGAGCUACUUCAGGAUCGUGCGGAGCAAGAUGGAUUCCAUGAUGUGGGUUUCGUGGUGGCGGCUCCUUGGUCGAUUAGAUGGCGCUUACGAUGGACUCCGUCCAAGCCGCCCGCAGACGAAGUCUCGAAAGCUUGCCAACUUGCGCCAGGGGACUGGGGAGGCCUUUUCAAAGCUGGCUUCAAGCGCCAGGUGAUCGGGCGCAUGAACUUCUCCGCCAUCCUCUCGAUAGCUCUGCGUCACUGUGAGGGCCACAGCAAGGCUUCGAUCCUGCAGGAGCUGAAGGCUCUGCGAGACAAUGUUCCCGACGACAACUGUCGCCACGCGAUGGUGAAAAGAAAGAGAGGGCGUGCUGCGGGUGGUACUGCUCUUGCCGACUUCUAUUCCAACUCCAUGAAGGCUUCCAAGCCCUUUGCCGGAGCCAUGAGCGGAGCGCAACUUGGGUACCGAUUUACUUUCAUUGACGUGACGGAGGAUAGCAAGACGGACGGUGACGAUCACCGUGCACGGGCCCGGAGCCUUCCCCCAAUCCGGGCAUCCGUGGCAAACUCGGAGACUCUGGUCGUAGAUGCAUGGGCGCAUCUUCAUCUUCGCACUCUCCGACAAGGGCGGGAUGCAACAGUCGUCGAGCCGCCCGCGCCAAACCGUGGCAGUGUGGGACACCCAACACUGUGCAGUCGCCCAUGCAUCUACGUCGCAAAGCAGGGGCAGUGCCAGAAAGGUGUGGCCUGUGGGUUUUGUCAUCAUGAUCAUCACAGUGGCCCGAAUGACCCCAAACCCGACAAGCAGCAGCGCCGCUUGAUGAGCACGAUGCCUAGGGCAGAGCUGCUGGGCCUUCUCGCAGAGCUACUUCAGGAUCGUGCGGAGCAAGAUGGAUUCCAUGAUGUGGGUUUCGUGGUCGCGGCUCCUUGGUCGAUUAGAUGGCGCUUACCAUGGUUGGAUAUGGUAGGUGGGUUGCUCGAUGGUGCACAACUUGCCUGCGGCGCAACCGAGGCUGUGGCUGUCCAGGCAGGACUCCGUCCAAGCCGCCCGCAGACGAAGUCUCGAAAGCUUGCCAACUUGCGCCAGGUGCCACAAACACUGGGGGACUGGGGAGGCCUUUUCAAAGCUGGCUUCAAGCGCCAGGUGAUCGGGCGCAUGAACUUCUCCGCCAUCCUCUCGAUAGCUCUGCGUCACUGUGAGGGCCACAGCAAGGCUUCGAUCCUGCAGGAGCUGAAGGCUCAGCGAAACAAUGUCUUUGAGGCCGGUGACUUUGACUCGGCUUUGGGUGCGUGGCGGCGUGUGCGCGCGGCACAGCAGCGGCCGGAGGAGAGUUGCAUGGGCAGGCCAGGCCACACGCAUGCUCGUGGUAAGACCGUUGGGAAGCUUUCGCCUCCCGGCUACGGGGCCAAAGAUGUCGCCUACUGCGUCAAUCCUGGCCGUGCCAUGUCACUGCUUGGCUUGGCUUCGACCGCUUAUCGCUUCGGCAGUGCUGCUCUGAUGUGCUCAAUCUUGGGGGUGAUCUGCAGGAGCAACCAAUGCAGUAUGGAGGCCUUCAGCCGAAGCGAGGCCUCUGUCUGGCUGGCCGAAGCUGCCGUGGGGCAAGGAACGUCGGCGCCGAAGCGUCGGCUACGCUGGACCUGGGAGCUCAUUGACCACAACGGGGUUCUUUGCGGGACCAACACGCAGAGGCCCAACUUGGUGGUGGGAGAGCUGCUUCGGCAGCGGCUACUGCCAGGCGUGAUCUUUUCCAGAACAGCAUGCAGCGAGAUACUACCUGUUUGCAGCGAGGGUAGCAGUUUACUUGGGGAGGCAACAUAG